AUGAGCACAGCCCUCGGAAGCAAUCUGAUUUCGGGUUCUAUUGAUGCAUCGUUGGCUGAAGUCGACACAAGGUCGCGAGACCCGGAUCGGCAUCUCAAUCAUGACAUUGUCAUCGGUCCCUUUGCAGUUCUCGACUUUGCUGGAUCGGCCUCGGAGCCUCCAGCAGAAGAAGAUUCCACGACAAUACAAGAGAAUGAACCAGCUCCCAUCGACCCAUUACCUGUUGGAGACUCGAUAGAUGCCAUCAUACCUCCGGAAAUUCUGGAUUCCAGCCCCGUGUCAAUGAUCGACUCUCUGUCUCAAAUGGACGAUUUCUUACAUUGGUCCGACCUACUUAGCUUCAGCCCUGAUCAAGCUGGAUUUGCGACUCAUCCAACUCUAACUAUGCCUAAUGAUUUAUCAUUCGAUCUUACGAAUGAUGCCCUGCUUCUUCAGAAUUUUGCACACGGCCCAGAAGAGCCCAUGCAACGGAUGACUCCUCAGCAAACCCCAAUGGAGAUGGCCCCCAUGGAGGCAGACGUUCUCAAGGAUGCUCAAUUUCUACUGAAACAUUUUCAAGAUAUCGUCAUUCCUCAAAUAAUGGCUAUUCCAUUUGGUCAGAAAUCUCCGUGGAAAAUCUUGAACCUACCAGCGGCGGUCGUGGCAUUUGGCGACACAACUUUCCUCGGAACAGAAGGAAUAAGCCAUGCUCGACUUGCGAAUCUUUAUGGCCUGCUUGCAUGUGCGGCUGUUGAUCUAGCUCUGAAGCCACCGUCAGACCCGACACAAUCUACCGAGCACUGGUUUCAGAUUGCAAACCAAACAUAUCAAAAAGCAAAAGAUCAUAUCCAGACUUCUUUGCAGCACGAGACACAAGGUCCAAAGAAGGCAAAAUACAAGGACCAGCUCAUGGCUGCCAACAUUCUCACACAAUAUGCAGUAAAAAGGCUUCUACGUCUUCGAGGACUGUCAAAGCGAAGAAUAUCCAAAAAGGCGCGUCUCUUACACCACGUCUACACUUGGCUGCGAAUAGUAGGCGAAAGCACCUUCGUCCUUCACGAUUACAGCCUCUCUUAUCCAUGCCUCGCUUCGCUUGGCUCUUCAUCACGCUCCCAUGCCUCUAGCCUGGCGGAGAGCAACAAUACGAUAGUUCCACACGAGCCCAAUUCCAAGCUCGAUGACUUUCUGCGCCUCGAAAACCAAAAUUCAGAUAGCGACCUUAACAUUGACGAACCCAAGGAUCGAGCCUCUGGGUUCCACGACAUUCAUCUUCACGACUCUCGCAGCUUCCCCGAGACCUUAUACAAACAAAUCUAUGGCAUCCCAGAGACAUGGCUUAGUCUAGUAUCCCAGACGACAAGAUUGGCAAAUGUUUUGACGACAUUUCUGGUUGCCCGAAACCUGGGUAGAAAUGUCAGCCUCGAGGCCUGGGAAUGCAUACAACGCCGCGCCACGCGGCUGGAAAACCUCAUCUGUUCUUUCAACCUCGGUCUGGCGAGGGGCAAAGUCACCGAUCUCCAGGCUACAUCCAAGCCACACGCGCACAUGUUGGAAGCUCUGAACAGCGCACUUGUUAUCUUUUUCUAUCGUCGAAUCCGCGAAGCCCACCCGGCUGUACUACAAGGGCAUGUUGAUAGCGUCAUUUAUGCGCUUGAAGAAUGCAAAGCCUCACUGUUAGAAGACGGUCCGACGGGGCCCGGAACAGCCUGGCCAGCUUUUAUUGCUGGAUGUGAAGCCCUCACCAUGUCACGGCGUAAUGCAAUUAUGCAAUGGCUCAAUGAUGCCAGCUCAACAUGCGGAUAUGCAUCAUUUGCCACAGCCCGCGAUAUAAUGGUCAAGUCAUGGCAGAGACAGGAUGAGCACUUGGCAGCAAACCGAGGUCAUUCGAUGCCAUGUUGGAUUGAUAUUGUGAGAGAGGAGCAAAUUUGGCCUCUGUUUUGUUGA